AUGGUAUCUCUUACAGACGGUCAAAAGGCCACUAUCAGCCCUGAAGCAGUCGAGUUUCUCAACAACGUCCGGCAUCCUCCAUUAGCAAACGCAAUUUCUUCCUUCGUUACUUCACCAUGUCGUGUUCCUGGUCUUCGGGAAAGCUUCAGCGAGAAGACAGCACCUGGCGAAGCCACCCUGAUCGAGAAGCACAACUUCAAAAUCACCGAUCAUGUCAUUUUUGGCAUUCCAGUUAUUCUCAUUGAACCUCCGGUCAUAAAGCCUGGCAAAGAGAAGAAGAUACUGUUCAAUGUCUUUGGAGGCGCCUUUAUCAUGGGUAGUCCAAAGGACCGUGCUGCGUUGACUAUGGCUGCUGAACUGGGCGUUCGUGUCUACUCUGUCGCCUAUACCAAAUCCCCCGAGGCUAGAUAUCCCGAAGCUCGCCAUCAGUGUCUUGCUGUGUACCGAGAGCUCCUUCAAUGUGGCCCUCCUGGAGGUUCGCCCAUCGACCCAUCUGACAUGUACGCCAUGGGAUGCUCUUCAGGCGCUCAGAUCCUCGUUUCCAUGCUCCUCAUGGCGCAGAAGGAGGGUCUUCUCAUGCCCACUGCCGGUGUUUACCUUUGCACUCCCGCUAUUGACCUAAGCGGAGCAGGUGACUCAAUGGUCUUCAACUCCUUGGGCCGCGACAUCAUGCCUGUCAGUCUUCUCACAGGUAUGGUAUCUCAGAACUAUGUUCCUGAGGGCAUUGAUUUGAUGGAUCCUCUUUACUCUCCCAUCUACGCUGAGUAUGAUGAGACUUUUCCACCGACGGUCAUUACAGUUGGGACGCGAGAUUUUGCUCUCAGUCAUGGAAUACGUUUCUAUUGGAAGUUGAGAGAGGCUGGUGUAAGGGUAGAGCUUUUGGUGUCGGAAGGAAUGUGGCAUGGCUUUAAUUGGGAUCCUGUUAUACCAGAGGCACUUCGCGCUCGUGCUGCGGUGAUCAAUUUUCUUGAGAGCGGACUGUAG